ACUUUCAUUUUCCUUGACCCCUCUCUCUCUCACUGUACCUCUGUUUCUUUUAGCUUCCUUUCUUGCUAAGUAGCUUAAGCUUACAGUCUCUCUCUCUCUAAACGCAUACACACGCACACUCUCUCUCUCUGGACACUGUCUCUUCUAGGGUUUGCUUUCUGUAUCUAUCCAUCUCACUUUCUCUGUAACUUCAAAGCUUUCUCUCUUCAAAUCCUUAUCUACAUUGUGCUUUAAUUAAUUAAUAAUUAGGUUAAUGUAAUGUACUUUCCCGUUUGCUAAUCUCAAUGAUGCCAGAUUCACUACCUUACUUCUUUUGAAUUUUCUUGAGAAGUGAGGAGGGUGAGAGACAGGGGUAAAAAUGUCAUCUUCGUCGAGAGUGGGGCCGGAUCAAGGAACGCCGCAGCCACCGCGGCGGAUCAUGAGGACGCAGACAGCAGGAAAUCUAGGAGAAUCGAUAUUUGAUAGUGAAGUAGUUCCAUCUUCACUUGUCGAGAUAGCUCCCAUUCUUCGUGUUGCUAAUGAAGUUGAAUCUAGCAAUCCUAGAGUUGCUUAUCUUUGCCGAUUUUAUGCCUUUGAGAAAGCACAUAGGUUGGACCCCACUUCUAGUGGACGUGGAGUUCGACAAUUUAAAACUGCUCUCCUGCAACGUCUUGAAAGGGAAAAUGAUCCAACCUUGAUGGGAAGGGUAAAAAAGAGUGAUGCACGGGAAAUGCAGAGUUUUUAUCAACAUUACUACAAGAAGUAUAUUCAAGCUUUGCAAAAUGCUGCUGAUAAAGCUGAUCGAGCACAGCUUACAAAAGCAUACCAAACGGCUAAUGUCCUCUUUGAGGUUUUGAAGGCUGUUAAUAUGACUCAAUCUAUUGAAGUGGAUCGCGAGAUUUUAGAAGCUCAAGACAAAGUUGCAGAAAAGACUCAGAUCUAUGUUCCUUACAAUAUUCUUCCUCUCGAUCCUGAUAGUGCAAAUCAGGCAAUUAUGAGAUAUCCCGAGAUCCAAGCUGCUGUUUACGCACUGCGUAACACAAGGGGUCUUCCAUGGCCCAAGGACUACAAGAAGAAAAAGGAUGAAGAUAUUUUAGAUUGGCUUCAAGCAAUGUUUGGGUUUCAGAAGGAUAAUGUGGCUAAUCAAAGGGAACACUUAAUCUUAUUGCUUGCAAAUGUUCACAUUCGACAAUUUCCAAAGCCUGAUCAACAACCGAAGUUGGAUGAGCGUGCAUUAACAGAAGUGAUGAAGAAACUUUUCAAGAACUACAAAAAAUGGUGCAAGUACCUUGAUAGAAAGAGUAGCCUUUGGUUACCCACCAUACAACAGGAGGUGCAGCAGCGUAAAUUGCUGUAUAUGGGUCUGUACCUUUUGAUAUGGGGAGAAGCUGCAAACUUAAGAUUUAUGCCAGAAUGCUUGUGCUAUAUUUAUCAUCAUAUGGCCUUUGAGCUGUAUGGCAUGCUAGCUGGGAAUGUCAGUCUCUCGACGGGGGAAAAUGUUAAGCCUGCUUAUGGAGGUGCAAAUGAGGCAUUCUUGAGACUAGUUGUUACUCCUAUCUAUGAUGUCAUUGCAAAGGAAUCUGAAAGAAGUAAAAUGGGAAAAUCAAAGCAUUCCCAAUGGAGGAACUAUGAUGACUUAAAUGAAUACUUUUGGUCAGUUGAUUGCUUUCGGUUAGGUUGGCCAAUGCGUGAUGAUGCCGAUUUCUUUCAUUUACCUGCUGAACACUACCGUUAUGAGAAAAAUGGGGAGAAUAGUAAACCAGCUUUUAGAGAUCGAUGGGUGGGGAAAGUUAAUUUUGUUGAGAUACGUACAUUUUGGCAUGUCUUUAGAAGCUUUGAUCGAAUGUGGAGUUUUUUCAUUCUAUGCUUACAGGCAAUGAUUAUUGUUGCAUGGAAUGGUUCGGGGGAACCAAAUGCUGUCUUUAACGGUGAUGUAUUCAAGAAAGUGUUGAGUGUCUUUAUAACUGCUGCAAUAUUAAAGCUUGGGCAAGCUGUCCUUGAUGUAAUCCUUAGUUGGAAGGCUCGGCAGAUAAUGUCAUUCCAUGUUAAGUUGAGAUAUAUUCUGAAGGUUGUUUCAGCAGCUGCGUGGGUGGUGAUUCUCCCUGUUACUUAUGCUUAUACUUGGGAGAACCCUCCAGGAUUUGCUCAAACCAUUAAAAGCUGGUUUGGCAAUAAUUCAAGCUCGCCUUCAUUGUUUAUUUUGGCUGUAGUUAUCUACUUGUCACCAAAUAUGUUAGCAGCAGUGUUGUUUCUUUUUCCCAUCCUACGUCGAUUCCUUGAGAGAUCGAACUAUAAGAUUGUGAUGCUCAUGAUGUGGUGGUCACAGCCACGGCUAUAUGUUGGUAGAGGAAUGCAUGAGAGUGCACUUUCUCUCUUCAAGUAUACAAUGUUUUGGGUUCUUCUUAUUAUGACAAAGUUGGCAUUUAGUUACUACAUUGAGAUAAAGCCUUUAGUUCGUCCAACAAAGGAUGUUAUGAAUGUUCAUAUCAUAACUUUCCAAUGGCAUGAAUUCUUUCCACGUGCAAGGAACAAUAUUGGAGCUGUUAUUGCACUCUGGGCUCCAAUUAUUCUUGUAUAUUUUAUGGAUACCCAGAUUUGGUAUGCCAUAUUUUCUACAUUAUUUGGAGGUAUUUAUGGUGCAUUCCGACGCCUUGGAGAGAUUCGGACAUUGGGAAUGCUUCGAUCUCGUUUUCAAUCUAUUCCUGGUGCUUUUAAUGCCUGUUUAAUUCCAGAGGAGAAGAGUGAGCCAAAGAAAAAAGGAUUAAAGGCCACCUUGGCUCGCAAUUUUGCUGUGAUAACAUCUAAUAAAGAGGAUGGGGCAGCGAGAUUUGCUCAGUUGUGGAACAAAAUUAUCAGUAGCUUUAGGGAGGAAGAUUUAAUAAGCAAUAGGGAAAUGGACUUGUUGCUGGUUCCAUAUUGGGCAGAUGAAGAUUUGGGCCUUAUACAGUGGCCUCCUUUUUUGCUUGCUAGCAAGAUCCCAAUAGCACUAGACAUGGCCAAGGACAGCAAUGGUAAAGAUAAAGAGCUGAAAAAGAGAAUUGAGGCUGAGAACUACAUGUCCUGUGCUGUUCGCGAAUGCUAUGCUUCAUUUAGGAACAUCAUCAAGUUCUUGGUUCAAGGGAAACGUGAGACAGAAGUGAUUGAUUUCAUAUUUUCUGAAGUCGAAAAACACAUAGAUGAGGGUACCCUGAUAAGUGAGUACAAGAUGAGCGCUCUUCCUAGCCUCUAUGACCAGUUUGUGAGGCUUAUCAAACAUUUGUUAGAUAACAAACAGGAGGAUAGGGAUCAAGUUGUGAUUCUUUUCCAGGACAUGUUGGAGGUUGUGACACGAGACAUUAUGAUGGAGGAUCAUAUCUCAAGUUUGGUGGAUUCAAUGCAUGGUGGAUCUGGGCAUGAGGAGAUGAUUUUAAUUGAUCAACAAUAUCAGUUGUUUGCAUCUUCCGGAGCUAUUAAGUUUCCAAUUGAUCCUGCAACAGAAGCAUGGAAAGAGAAGAUAAAAAGGCUUUAUCUUUUACUUACAACAAAGGAAUCUGCUAUGGAUGUGCCGUCCAACUUAGAAGCUAGGAGGCGCAUUUCGUUCUUCUCAAAUUCAUUAUUUAUGGACAUGCCUGAUGCUCCAAAAGUUCGCAAUAUGCUUUCUUUCUCUGUUUUGACUCCAUACUACACAGAGGAGGUACUAUUUUCAUUGCGUGAUUUGGAAGUUCCAAAUGAAGAUGGUGUUUCAAUUCUCUUUUACUUGCAAAAGAUCUUUCCAGAUGAAUGGAACAAUUUUCUUGAGAGAGUAAAUUGCUCUAGUGAAGAAGAGCUCAAAGGAUCAGAUGAGUUAGAAGAAGAACUUCGUCUAUGGGCCUCAUACAGGGGCCAAACACUGACUAGAACUGUAAGAGGUAUGAUGUAUUAUCGGAAGGCGUUGGAGCUUCAGGCUUUCCUUGAUAUGGCCAGACAUGAAGAUUUGAUGGAGGGCUACAAAGCCAUGGAAUUGAAUACAGAGGAUCAGUCAAAGGGGGAGAGGUCUAUGUUGGCACAAUGUCAAGCAGUAGCUGAUAUGAAAUUCACAUAUGUGGUAUCAUGCCAGAAGUAUGGGAUUCACAAGAGAUCUGGCGAUCCUAGAGCACAGGACAUUUUGAAGCUCAUGACAACGUAUCCAUCAUUGCGAGUGGCAUAUAUUGAUGAGGUUGAAGUAACUAGCCAAGACAAAUCCAAGAAGAACAAUCGAAAAGAAUACUUUUCUGCUCUCGUAAAGGCUGCCUCACCCAAGUCCAUUGAUCCUUCAGAGCCAGUACAAAAUUUGGAUGAGGUCAUUUAUCGGAUCAAACUUCCCGGACCAGCCAUCUUGGGUGAGGGAAAACCUGAAAACCAAAAUCAUGCUAUUAUCUUCACACGUGGAGAAGGCUUGCAAACAAUAGAUAUGAAUCAGGACAAUUACAUGGAAGAAGCUCUGAAAAUGAGGAAUUUACUGCAAGAAUUUCUUAAGAAACAUGAUGGUGUGAGACAUCCUACAAUUCUUGGACUUAGGGAGCAUAUAUUUACUGGAAGUGUUUCAUCUCUCGCAUGGUUUAUGUCAAAUCAGGAGACUAGUUUUGUGACUAUAGGUCAGAGACUGUUGGCCAACCCUCUUAAAGUUCGGUUCCACUAUGGUCAUCCGGAUGUUUUUGAUAGGCUAUUUCACCUCACUAGAGGGGGUGUGAGUAAAGCAUCUAAGGUUAUCAAUCUGAGUGAAGACAUCUUUGCUGGUUUCAAUUCUACACUCCGGGAAGGCAAUGUUACUCAUCAUGAAUACAUACAAGUCGGGAAGGGAAGGGAUGUGGGUCUCAAUCAGAUUUCUAUGUUUGAAGCCAAAAUUGCUAAUGGCAAUGGUGAACAGACUUUGAGUCGUGAUAUAUACCGGCUUGGACAUCGUUUUGACUUUUUCCGUAUGCUGUCAUGCUAUUUCACCACAGUUGGUUUUUACUUCAGUACUCUGAUGACUGUGCUCACUGUAUAUGUGUUCCUUUAUGGCCGCCUUUAUCUUGUUCUUAGUGGACUUGAAAAAGGCUUAAUUAGUCAGAAGGCAAUUCGAGAUAAUAAGCCCCUUCAGGUGGCUCUUGCUUCUCAAUCAUUUGUUCAAAUUGGGUUUUUGAUGGCCUUGCCUAUGCUGAUGGAAAUUGGCUUGGAAAGAGGUUUCCGAACUGCGCUAAGUGAAUUUAUAUUAAUGCAACUGCAACUGGCACCGGUAUUUUUCACAUUUUCUCUUGGAACGAAGACGCACUAUUAUGGAAGGACUUUGCUUCAUGGAGGUGCAAAAUACAGGCCCACAGGUCGAGGAUUUGUCGUGUUCCAUGCCAAGUUUGCUGAAAACUAUAGGCUUUAUUCUCGCAGCCACUUCGUUAAGGGUAUUGAGAUGAUGAUUUUACUUGUUGUAUACCAAAUCUUCGGUCAGCCUUAUAGAAGUGCGGUUGCUUAUGUGUUGAUUACUAUAUCUAUGUGGUUUAUGGUUGGGACCUGGCUUUUUGCUCCCUUCCUGUUUAAUCCUUCUGGUUUUGAGUGGCAAAAGAUUGUUGAUGAUUGGACUGAUUGGAACAAAUGGAUCAGUAACCGAGGGGGUAUUGGUGUACCGCCUGAAAAAAGUUGGGAAUCAUGGUGGGAGGAGGAACAAGAACAUCUUCGUCAUUCUGGAAAACGCGGGAUUGUGGCUGAGAUAUUGUUGUCAUUGCGAUUCUUUAUUUAUCAAUAUGGGCUGGUGUAUCAUUUAAAGAUUACAAAGGAACACAAAAGUUUUCUGGUGUAUGGAAUAUCGUGGCUGGUCAUCUUUGUAAUACUGUUUGUCAUGAAGACGGUAUCUGUUGGAAGGCGAAAAUUUAGUGCAAACUUCCAGCUUGUGUUCAGGCUGAUAAAGGGAAUGAUAUUCCUCACCUUUGUCUCCAUUCUGGUCACUUUAAUUGCACUGCCUCACAUGACAGUUCAGGACAUCGUUGUAUGUAUUCUUGCUUUCAUGCCAACUGGCUGGGGGAUGCUUUUGAUUGCACAAGCUUGUAAGCCUCUUGUUCAUCGAAUGGGUUUCUGGGGAUCAGUUCGGACACUGGCACGUGGUUAUGAGAUUGUUAUGGGCUUGCUUCUGUUCACUCCAGUUGCAUUCCUUGCCUGGUUUCCGUUUGUGUCUGAAUUCCAGACUCGAAUGUUAUUCAACCAAGCAUUUAGUAGAGGUCUGCAAAUUUCUCGUAUUCUCGGUGGGCAAAGAAAGGAUCGGUCUUCUCGUAGCAAGGAGUAAUCUUGCUGACAGUAACACCACUAUAUAUAUAUGUAUACACAUGCUGAUGCAUUUAUCAUCCUGAUUCUGUCAAGAGGCUAAUGGGAAUGCUGAUACAUGAUGUUUUGUCAUCCUGAUUCUGUAAACAGGCUAGUGAGAAUGUUGUCCAUAUCUACUGUAACUAUGUUUUGUAAUUAUGCAGAUGUAGGGGCAUUGUCUCAAUGAUGGAUGAGAUGGGGAGAAAUUUUGAUUAUUGGAAUUGAUUAGUCCUGGCUUCCCAAUCAUUCUGUUAAAUUAUAUUGCAAAAAGAAAAAGAUUGUAAUCUAUUCUUGAUCAUUUUAUAAUCUGAUUAGAUGAUUCUAGGAUUUGAUUUCAA